CUAUAAUAAAAAUUUCGCUAUCUGCCAUGCAAUAGCGAGCUUUUGUAUCAGUCUCAGUGGAAGAUGAAAAGCAAGAAAACAAUUGUCUUAAAUAUCUAGCAACAAUCAUUCACAUAUUUCAACAUAUAUAAUUUACAAGGCUCCGAGGACAGUGCUCCGAGGACAGUGAGACGAGGCUUGUAUGCCUGUAAAACCACAGUAACCAUUAAAGAGAUGGAGGAAUUGCCGGGCUCAAUUGUACGGAUAAUUGUAGUCAAAACAGAUGCAAAAGUGACAGCUACACUUGGGUGUGUGAGUAAACAAUGGCGUUGUGUAGCAUCGGAUGAUCUUCUUUGGUCUCGAUUUUGUUCUCAAGAUUUCGCUGUUUCUACUGCCGUCGAUCCUUUAGGGAAUCCGUGUUCAAGCUUUAAGGAAACAUAUGAAAAAUGGUAUGCUGCAUUUGAUAUGUAUCCAUCAUCAAUUGUGAAACGAGCCAAGCAGUGCUGGGAUACUAUUAAAAAUUGGACCUCAAUCCAUUUUCCAGAAGUUGCUGAUACCUUAGCACCUGGUGCAAAUGAAGAGCAAAUCAACAAAGUCGAGGAAGACCUUGGUUUUCAAUUGCCUGUUCCCAUGCGGGUUCUGUAUCGCUUUUGCAAUGGCCAGAACACCCUGAAACACCACUUUCCACAGAAUGAGCAGUUGGCAUCUUUGGGACUUCUAGGGGGUUAUGAAUUCUAUGAGUACAAGGCUAAUGUCCAUUUGUUACCCUUGCAAUAUAUUUUGCAGCUAACUAAACAUCCUGUUCCGUAUUUAAAACUUCCUAUUGGAUCGGAGUAUGUUGUUGUUGCAGUUUCCUCUUAUCGGCCUAAGUUUUUCUACCUCAACUGUUCUGAUGGUCAACUCUAUGUUGGCAAUGGUAUGGAGCAGAAGCAACUAGUGCUUCGUGUCCCUAAUUUGUUAGACAAUAUGGACCAGAAAGAUGCCAUGCUUCUGUGGCUAGAAGAAUAUGGUAGAAUGUUGCAAGAUGGAAUGUUUUCUGUUCACAAAGAUGAUAAUAUACGAAGUAUCAGUCUAUUUCCUGAAAAAGAGCCUUUGUGUACUAAGGCUGUCACAGAUGGUGUACAGGUUUGUGGCUCUGCUGUGUUUGUGCCAGAGUAUGAGGAUUUCCGGAGAAAUGAGGACAAAUAUAUGUUUAGCUAUUCAGUCCGUAUGCGCCUUCUACAUCAAGAAAAAAUCUCACAAAAGAGAAUCUUAAGUUCAUGCCAACUGUCUAGAAGGCAUUGGAUUAUUCGAGCAAAUAACAAUGUCAUAGACGAUGUUGCUGGUGAAGGUGUCAUUGGAAAGUAUCCACUUUUGCAAGAGGGUGGUGAUGAAUUUGUAUAUGAGAGCUGCAGUUAUUUGCCUACUUCAUCUGGCUCAAUUGAAGGUUACUUUACAUUUGUCCCUGGAAGGCUUAGCAAACCUGAUGGGCCAGAAUUCACUGUUCGAGUAGCCCCAAUUCCUCUCCAGAUUCCUCAGUAUAUUUUCUGAUUACAAGGAGAGCAAAGUGUAUGUUAUCUUCUGGUGCCCAUAUGGAAGAUUUUCACUAAUUGAAUAGGAGAGCAAAGUGACAUCUUUCAUUGCUUGUGAUUGUUUUGGUUGGUGUUAUAAAGGACUUACUUUCUUGUUGAAUGAUUACAGUGUCUUGUUUAGGUUAAUUUGGUGAAAUAUACACAUAAACGUAAUGUAUGUAUUUACUUAUACACACUUGUGGAAGUGUGUAUAUAAAUGUAUAUUUGAUUAACAUACUUAUGUGUGUGUGUAUGCAUGUCUAUGUAUACUUGAUUAAAAACUGGAUCAACCAAGUUAGUCAAGAAGGCUACCUUAUUCACUUAUA